AUGUCCAACGAUUCUGCCAGCCAGCCGAUAGCCGGCAUUCACACCUUUGACCUGCCAUCCGUGUGGCUCGGUGACAUCGCGUUGUGGCUGCGCACUGUAGAGUCACGAUUCGCCCUCCGUCAGAUCACACGAGAGGAUACGAAAUUUCACUAUGUUGUGGCAGCACUCCCAAUGGACAUCGCCACCGACCUCCGCGACAUCAUAGAUUGCCCGCCCACAGAAGCCCCUUAUACUGCACUAAAGGAGGCUCUCAUUUCCCACAUUUCACUCUCAACGCAAAAACGUCUCCAACGUUUAAUUUCUGAGGAGGACCUCGGUGACAGGAAGCCUAUGCUGCUUCUUAGGCGUUUGGAGCAGUUGGCAGACGGACAAAAGCUGGAUGCCACCAUGUUCAAGCCACUUUUCCUCUAA